AAAAAUUAUUUUAGUGGGUGGUAAUUUAAAAUAAAAUUUUAACUGGGUUGUUAUUUAGAAAUUGAUACUAUUUUUGGGUGGUAAUUUGCAAAUUUUCCUAAUAAUAAAUCAUAUUUUGUCGCAAGUGCUGAAAAGUGAAUUCAUCUAACGCGGGAUUAGAGCCCGGGCAAAGUAAUCAUCAAAAUAUCAAAUAUUUCUAUCAAAAACAAAAGGCACAAUUUAUUAAAACCUUAUUUCCUUUCUUCUUCCCCUAAACCUCACCACCCAUUAAUAUUGUUAGUUUAUUCAAUAAUCAUCAAAUUUCAUUUGCUUGCUUCUAGUAAUUUGCUUCAGCCAAUUCUUCAAACAAUUCUCAAGGGCCAUCAACAGAUUCUUGCUUGUAGGUGAAUUGGGUUUAAGUUGAUCAGUAAUUAGGGUUCGUCGAUUCGUCACAAAAUUUCAGUUUGAAAGUCAAUUAAAGGGUAAAUUUUCUUAAUUACUCUAUCAAAUUUCGACCUUAAUUCCUUGCAUGUGCUAUAUAAUUUUUAAUUUAUUCAUUUUUCUGUUUAGUUUUAUUGUGUAUUUUUUGGGUGUUUGUUGAGAUAAUCAGUUUCCCGUUAGUUUAGCCGAUCAUCGUUUGUCUCUGUUAAGUUCGAUAUGUAAAUCCCACAUGUCAACUCAAUACAAAGUUUAAUUGUUUCUUGCGUAUGUAUUAAUUUCUUGGUUUUUAGUUUGAUUGGUUUUAAUUAGUUGAUUCCUGUGAUAUUUGAAAGAUUAUAGUGUAUUAUUUAAUAGGAUUAGUGAAAAGAUUAUUGAAAAGUCAACUUUAACGUGUGAUUGUGUUCAUUAUGGUGGCUAUAAAUCAAGUAUACAAGGCGUCAAUAUCUUAGAAGUUCUCAAAAAUUGUGGUUAUGUGGCUUUAUUAUGAUGAGUUUUAGUACUCUUGUUAUUUCCAUCUCAAACUAUUAGGACUGUUGCUGUGAGGUUAUUUUUUUGCUAGCAUAUGAGCAAUGUCCAUAGCAGGCUAUGUGACUUGGCUCAUCUAAUGUCAUUGGAUAAUUAUUGAUUUAUGAAAUCUAACUUUCACUUAAAAAAACACUUUGAGCAACACAUAAUUUUAGGAUAAGUUAAUUGAAUUUAAUAGAAAAAGAUGUAAGUGGAGUAGUCGAAAUAAUAGAAAAUUAAAGGAAAAGAUAGUACGAGUUAAAUUUUAUUAAAACGUAAGGGAUAUGAGAGAAGAAACAAAUAAUAAAAUAAGUAGUAUUGAUUUUGAGUGAGGACUAGAAAGGAAUAACACUUCAAUAACAGCUAAAUGCUAUUAUACUCUUAAUAUUUAUCUAGACAAUCUAUCUUAUUCUACUAUCCUUUUUACUUUUCCUUUUUUUUCAUUUUAAACACUUGAUUAAAGUAGUGGCACGUUUGUAUUCCUUUUAAUUUUUUUUCCUUUUCAUGCAUCAUUAUUUAAAUCUUGUAUAUAUGUACUAAGGUAAUGUUGUCACAUGACUAGUAUUGAUAGAAUUCUUGUGUUGAAUUUGCACAUUUUAUAUAGCUAAUUUAUUCCCUUAAUUUUAAUAACUUGGUAAAUAUGACUCCUGAUAAAGAUUGGAUGUCCAUUGAAGAUUAUGUUAAUGACCCUUCAUAUGAAGAAGGAGUAAAUAGUUUUUUAGAUUAUGCUUUUGAAAAGUUAAAAACUGAGACAAUUCGAUGUCCUUGUUCAAAAUGUGUUAAUGGAGAAUCUGGUGAUCAGGAAAAAAUUAAACAACAUUUAUUAGUCUUUGGAAUUGUUAAGAGGUAUACCUUUUGGUAUCAUCACGGGGAAGGGUUAAAUGAGCCUACUUAAUCUGACGGGGAUGAUGAUGUUGAAGAAAAUGAAAACGAUAAUGAGGUGUUCGAUAUCUUGAGGGAUUUAUAUCCUAAUAAUCUUGAUGAUAUCGAUGGUAGUUCCUCCUCCAUUUUUAAUGAUGUUGAGGAGCCAAAUAUGGCUACCAAAAAAUUUUAUAACUUGAUGAAGGACUCACAAGACCCUGUCUAUGAAGGUUGUAAGAGUUCUAAGAUGUCUGCACUAUUAAAACUUCUUCAUAUCAAGACUCUUGGCCGUUGGAGUAAUGAGUCAUUUACCAUGCUUUUGGAUUUCUUGAAGAAGGAACUUUUACCGAAAGAAUCAAAUUUACCAGAUUCUUAUUAUGAGGCAAAGAAGACCAUAAAAGAUCUCGGGCUUUCUUAUGAGAAAAUUGAUGCAUGUGUAAAUGAUUGCAUGUUAUAUUGGAAGGAGAAUGAAAGCUUGGACUCAUGCAAUAUAUGUGGUGCAUCAAGAUGGAAAAGUAACAAAAUAAUGGGGAAGACAAGUGUAAGAAAAAUGGUAAAAAGAUACCCCAUAAGACACUACGUUACUUCCCACUAAAACCAAGGCUCCAACGAUUGUUCAUGUGCUCAAAGACUGCAUCUUUGAUGACAUGGCAUCAUGGUAAAAAGAAGAAAGAUGGUACAAUGAGACACCCAGUUGAUGGAUUAGCCUGGGAAUCCUUUGACAAAGAGUUUCCGAAUUUUGCUUCCGAUCCUCGAAAUGUUAGAUUAGGCCUUGCUAGUGAUGGUUUUCAGCCUUUUGCAAAUUCAAAGACACCAUAUAGUAUUUGGCCAGUGGUACUUAUUCCAUAUAAUUUACCACCUGAACUAUGUAUGAAACAGUCUUAUUUGAUAUUAUCAAUGCUCAUUCCUGUAUUCCUGGUCCUAAAGGACCUGAUGAUGCAUUGACAUAUAUCUGCAACCUCUAAUUGAGGAAUUGAGGGACCUAUGGGACAAUGGUGUUGAGACCUUUGAUGCAUCAGCUCAAAAUCAUUUUAACCUACGUGCAUCAUUAAUGUGGACUAUAAAUGAUUUUCCAGCAUAUGCCAUGUUAUCAGGGUGGAGUACAAAGGGAUAUUUAGCAUGCCCUUGUUGUCAGAAGGAUACACGUUCAGAGUGGCUAUCUCAUGGAGGCAAAGAAUGUUAUAUGGGUCAUCGAUGCUAUUUGCCAAUGAAUCAUAGGUGGAGAAAGGACAAGGAUUCAUUUGAUGGGAAAGUCGAGCGUAGUCUACCUCCAAAACCCUGCUCUAUAGAUGAAAUUCUUCAUCAACUUGAGGAUCUCGAAAACAUUGUAUUGUCUAAUGAUCCACAAGUGAAGAAAAAAAUAAAGCACGAUCUUAGAGGUGAUAAUUGGAAUAAGAAACGCAUUUUCUUUAAGCUUCCUUACUGGAAGGCACAACUAUUGCGACACAAUUUAGACGUGAUGCAUAUUGAGAAAAAUAUAUGUGAUAGCAUUCUUGGGACAAUUAUGAACAUUAAUGGGAAGACCAAAGACACUUUAAAAUCACGUCUUGACUUGAAAGCCAUGGGGGUAAGGUCCACACUGCACCCUAUAGAAGAUGGGGACAAAAUUAAACUACCUCCUGCUCCAUUUACAUUUUCUGUCUCCGAGAAGAAAACUUUCUGCAACUUUUUAAAAGAAUUAAAAGUUCCUGAUGGUUUUUCAUCAAAUAUAUCUUAUUGUGUCAACUUAAAGGAUUCUAAAAUUUCGGGUUUAAAGAGCCAUGAUUGUCAUGUAAUACUUGAACAUCUUCAACCUUUGGCAAUACGUGGUCUACUCACUCCACUUGUACGUGAAGCACUUACUGAGUUGUCGAUGUAUUUUACUUUUUUAUGUGCUAAAGUAUUAAAUGUGGAGGAGUUGAAGCGAUUAGAGUCCCAAAUCCCUAUUACCCUUUGUAAAUUAGAGAAGGUUUUCCCUCCUUCCUUCUUUGAUGUGAUGAUGCAUUUACCUAUUCAUUUAGCUAAUGAAGCUAGAAUUGGAGGUCCGGUUCAGUUUAGAUGGAUGUAUCAUAUUGAGCAAUAUAUGUAUAAGCUUAAAUCUUUUGUAAGAAAUAGGGCUCGUCUAGAAGCUUCAAUUGCAGAGGGUUAUCUUGCAGAAGAGUGCAUGACUCUUUGCUUUAGGUAUAUGGACAGUGUGGAAACAAGAUUUAAUCGUCUUGAACGAAAUUAUGAAAAUGCAAAUUAAUGACAAAAUAAUGAUUUUCUUUCUUAUAAAGGGGGAAAAUAAGGGAAAUGAGCCAACUUUAGUUGAUGCGUUCUAUUCGACCUGAAAGAAAGGCACCGAACUUCCAAAUGUCGAGACCACACAAAAACUGAAUGAAAUUCGAGAAACAAUGGAAAAAGAUCCAUCUCUUUCCCACGCUGAGGUAGCACAAAAGGUAUUUAAAUCCAAGUCUCGAGAUCGAGUAAUAGGCUAUGGAGGAGGAAUAAAGCUGAAAGAUAUUCAAGGACCACAACCUAGCAGAGAAGAACUUCAAGUUGAAUUGAAUGCCUCUAAAAAACAAAACCAAGUUCUUAUAAACCGCGUUGAACAAGUACAAGAGGAAAACAAUGAAUUAAAAGGUUGCAUUGGAUCAGUUGAGUCUAGAAUGAAAUUAUUUCAGGAAAUGUUAGUGACACAGCUUAAUGUCACUAUACCUUCACAGGAUGGAUCAGCUUAAUCUGGCACAUGAUGAGUAGCUGCAAUAUAUCAUUGAAGAUCUAGGAUCUCUAAUAAAUUUUUUAUUUUUAUUUUUAUUUUUGUUUAAAGUUUAAGAUAUCAGAAUUCUUUUUAGAUAUUCCUUUAAAACAUACUAUUUUGUCUUGUUAUAUUGGAUGGUACUUGGUUUAAAAUACAUUAAAUCUAAUUUAAUAUUAAGUUAUGAAUCUUUUGGUUUUC